CUGCAGAAUGAUUGGAAGAAAUCAGCUAAUGAGAUAGUACUCUGCGAGGAUGAUGAAGGUCGACUUUACCAUCGAGAAAAUUUUGGAAACAAGGAGAUUUAUUGUAAGAAGAAAUUGGUUAGAGCCAAGUAUUUGAAUUCUGUCAACACGACCGGUUGGGCGUUUUUGGAGGUUGAAGUCUUAAAGAAAGCGUCUCUCGAUUUACAAGGGUAUGUAGCUGGAUAUUUGGAAGGCAUCAUUUCAAAAGAUCUGAUAGACUUGCAUAUCCAAAAUACCGUUGACGGAUAUUGCGACGGAGCAGAAGAGUACUGCGAGAAUUUGAAUAACUUCCUGCUCGAGAAUGUACAAUGGAUGUUGGAACAAAUAAAGAACUAUCCUGAUGAUGAAUACUGGCAACAGGUUAGCUUAACGUUGCAUCAAGUUUUUGGAUUGGUUGAUGGAUAUGACGGAGUACUUAACCAACAACUUUCUAUCAAGAAUCUUGUAGCUCAUCCUAUUUAUCUCAUCCAAUUAGCUGGCGAUCUUGAAGAUUUAUCAGAAAAAUUCAACAAACCUUCGAACCCUACUAGAUUGAAAACUGGUCAUGGACGCUGCUCGGCUUUAGUAAAAUUGUUACCUGACUUCUCAGAUAUUUACUUUUCGCAUGUAACCUGGUCCUCAUAUUCCUCCUUGUUGCGUAUGCAGAAGAAAUAUACUUUUAGAUCAAACAACCCAGGAAAUUCCUACAGUUUUAGCAGCUAUCCUGGCUCAGUCACUUCAACCGAUGAUUUCAUCCUCACUUCCGCGAAGUUAGCUAUAUUCGAGACCACAAUAGGAAACUAUGAUAAGCGACUGUAUGACUUCACAACUCCUCAAACUGUCCUGACGUUCAUUCGCAGCCAAAUUGCUCAUCGAACUGCCUCUUCGGGGACAGAAUGGGCUCAUGCUUUCGCUAAGCAUAACAGCGGAACAUACAAUAAUCAAUGGGUAAUCUUGGACUACAAAAAUUUCAGAAGAUAUGACUCAAAUCAAAGAUCCCAUGGACUUCUACAUGUACUGGAACAAAUGCCACAUCAUAUUGUUCACUCUGAUAUGACCAGCCAACUCUACAACACCACGUACUGGCCUAGUUACAAUACACCAUAUUUCCCUCAAAUAUUCAAGUGGAGUGGCGCCCCUGCUAUGGUUGAUAGAUAUGGCGAUUGGUAUAGUUAUGACAAGACACCCAGGGCUUUAAUAUUCAAGCGCGACCAUUCGAAGGUGAAAGAUAUGCGAACUAUGAUUAAAUUAAUGAGAUCCAAUAAUUACACUGAGGACCCACUGUCUGCAUGUGAUUGCGAGCCUCCUUACUCGGGCGAAAAUGCUAUAUCUUGCCGUAGCGAGCUCAAUGAUCCAGAUGGAGUUUAUCCUUUCCCAGCUUUAGGAUAUAGAGAUCAUGGAGCUACAGAUAUGAAGGUCACUAAUAGUUACCUUAUCAACAAAUUGGCUUUUACUGCGAUUGCUGGACCAACUCAUGACCCGACACCUGUUUUUGAUUGGAGAACAAUAUCAAUUAAAGACAAAGUUCCCCAUAAUGGUCAACCUGAUGUUUGGGACUUCAAACCAGUGACAUUCAAAUGGAAAUAA